AUUUUCCACGUCGAGAGAAACCAUUUCAUUUUACACUUACGGCAGUCCGAAAAUAUCAGUGAUGUCGCAAAUACAUUUUUCAAUUUUUAAGGAAUUUUUGUGAUCAUUGUCUUCCAGUGAAAAUGAUUUUUCUAAAUUAUUUCAUUGCUUUUUUUCACAUAUGUUCCUUUGCGUAUGGUUAUGGUGGAAUACCUGUUCGUAUAGGUGGCAUAUUUACAGAGACCAAUAGCGAUUUAGAGACUGUAUUUCGUAAUGCACUAGAUCGAAAAAAUAGUGAAAAUCAUAGGUUCCAAUUCAUUCCAUUAGUGCAUCGGGUCGACCCAGAUGAUAGUUUUGGAGCGGAAAAAAUUGCAUGUGAAUUAGCAUCCGAUGGUGUUGUCGCUAUAUUCGGACCGAAUUCCAUUCAAACAUCAAAAAUUGUUGGUUCGGUCUGCAAUGAAUUGGGUAUACCACACAUCCUAUCUAAUUGGAGUCCGGGAGAAGUACGGGAUGCAGCCAUGCAACAUGCCUAUACGCUAAAUUUUUUCCCCGAAAACAAUCUGUUCGCACAAGCGCUGGCUCAAAUUAUUGACGAUUAUGAGUGGAAUGGAUUUACCUUACUUUACGACAACAAUGAAAGUUUGGAAAGACUUCAAGACGUAUUGGAGAAUCAUGGACCGGACGAUAAUGCAAUAACAAUACUUCAGCUACCUGAAGAUGAAGACUAUCAACCAAUACUGAAAUUUAUCGAAACUUCACAAGAAAAUCACAUUGUAAUUGACUGUGAGCCCGAGAAAGCAAUUAAAAUAUUUAAACAAGCUUUUGGUGUUAAAAUGAUGGAAGAAUAUCAGAGUUAUAUCAUCACAUCGCUUGACUCUCAUUUUCUGGAUUACAAAGAAUUAGGUUUUUUCCGUGCCAAUAUCACGGCGAUACGUCUGAUGGAUCCAUUGAGUGAAGAAGUGAGAGAGGCCGUUACGAAUUGGCAACAAGCUGAAAGGGGACGGAGGGGAUACACAGGGAUUUAUGCGGAUCGAAUUAAAACGGAAACAGCCCUAUUCUAUGAUGCAGUACAGACCUUUUUGGUUGUAUUCAACGAAUCGAAUGCUGCAGUACCUAUUCGAUCACAUCAAUCAAAUUGCCGUCAAAAUGAUAAAUGGAAUCAGGGCCUGCAAUUGGUUAAAGCACUUAAAGAGAAAACCCACAGAGGUAUGAGUGGUCGCAUUUGCUUCGAUAAUGAUGGACAUCGCACUGACUUUCAUAUGGAAGUUUUGGAACUGAACAAAGAGGUCGGCUUCAAGAAAAUUGCUAUUCUUGAUCCCCUGACAAUGAAAAUUGCUUAUACAAGAACAUCGGCAGAAGUCUUUUCCCAGGUGACCCAGUCAUUGCAGAAUAAAACGGUUAUCGUUGCGUCCAUAAUUGGAGCGCCUUUUUUGACCAGGAGGAUAGCGAAAGAGGGCGAAAAAUUGGAGGGCAACGAAGAAUUUGAAGGUUACUCAAAAGAUGUCAUCGAAACACUCGCAUUGAAUAUUAAAUUUUCCUAUAAACUGGAACUUGUUGACGAUAAUAAGCAAGGAUCGUAUGAUAAGAAAACGAAAAAGUGGAAUGGACUCGUGAAACGUCUUCUUGAUCGAAAAGCAGAUUUGGCGAUAUGUGACCUAACCAUUACCUAUGAACGACGCACCCAGGUGGAUUUUACUAUGCCUUUUAUGACUUUAGGCAUAAGCAUCCUCUAUGCCAAACCUCAUAAAGAGCCUCCGGAUUUGUUUUCGUUUAUGUCUCCGUUGUCGCUGAGCGUGUGGAUUUACAUGGCAACAGCGUAUCUGUGCAUUUCAGUGCUACUAUUCUUUUUGGCUAAAACUGCGGCUGACGAUUGGGAGAAUCCCCAUCCUUGCAAUACUGAUCCCGACGAAUUGGAAACAAUUUGGAAUAUGCACAACUGUAUUUGGUUAACAGCUGGAUCCAUUAUGCAGCAGGGUUGUGACAUUCUCCCUAAGGCAAUUUCAACUCGUCUGGCGGCUGGAUUAUGGUGGUUCUUUGCUCUGAUUGUUAUUUCCUCUUACACGGCUAAUUUGGCUGCUUUUCUCACAAUGGAACGAAUGGAGGCUAGCAUUGAGAGUGCGGAGGAUUUAGCGAAACAGAGCAAGAUUAAGUAUGGUGGUGUAAAGGACGGAAGCACAAUGGCAUUCUUCAAGAAAUCCAAUUUUUCCACAUACCAACGAAUGUGGGCUGCUAUGGAGUCGGCCGAACCGUCGGUAUUCGCUCAGAACAACGAAGAAGGAGUGGACCGAGUGAAAAGGGGAAAUCGUAUGUAUGCCUUUCUCAUGGAAUCCACCUUGAUUGAGUACCACUCCAAUCGAAAUUGCAAUUUAACACAAGUCGGUGGUUUGUUAGACUCAAAAGGUUACGGAAUAGCGAUGCCAGUUAAUUCACCAUAUCGAAGUCUCAUAAGUGAAGCGGUCUUGAAGCUGCAAGAAGAUGGAACACUUCAACGUCUGAAAACGAAGUGGUGGAAAGACGAAAAUCUAAAAGUAAAUUGCGAUGAGGGUAAACAGGGCGCUACUGCAACUCCAGAACUGGGCAUGGCCAAUGUUGGUGGCGUAUUUUUAGUAUUAGCUUGUGGAUUGGGAGUGUCGAUUCUCAUCGGAAUUUUGGAGUUUCUGUGGAAUGUCAGCAAGGUUUCCGUAGCCGAAAAGAUCACCCAGUGGGAAGCAUUCAAAGCUGAGGUGUUGUUCGCCCUCGACAUUCGAAUAACAACGAAACCAGUGAACAAAGCCCCAUCGGAAAGAUCUCGUUCAGUGUCGAACCGUUCGUCGAAAAGUCUUGAAGCGGACCAAGCGAUCGUGCCAGGAUGGAGAUUCAAUUUGGAAGAGAAACAGCGGAAUAAAGCUUAAAAUUUUGUCGAUUUAUUCAGGAUGUUAAUCAAUUUGAUGUUUAUUUGAUGAAAAAAGAAAUUAUCUUUGAGGAA